CACUAGAUCACCACCCCCCCCCCCCCCCCAAUCCGGUCCCCAUCCAUCAAACCACCCCAAGGAGGGGCCCAUCGACUAGCUAGGUAGUGACCUAGAGAUACCAAGGGAACAACCGGUCUACGUCACCGCCGAAGCCGCAGGAUCCGCAUUAUUAUCUUUUUUUUUCUCAUUUAAUUUGAUUUUAUUGCAUUUUCCCGAGCAAAAGGAUCCUCGCCAUCCAGUUCGGUCCAUUCCGAGAGUGUCACUCGCCCCCCCGCUAGUUCCAAAACAUCAUACGCAGGCCCCCUCACAAUCAGCAUGGCUCGCAAAAAGAAGUCUGGCUCCACCAAGACCCCCGGUCUCCCUGGCCAACCCCAGACGCAGGGUCACCUCUCGACGGUCCCCAAAAAGGUCCCCAUCGACCACCGUCCCGAGACCUCUCCAUAUGCCAGCCCGGCAUGCAACCUCCCCUUUGCCAGCCCUAUGGUGGUUGCCCUUGAUGUCCUCAAGAACAAGGCCCCCAAGCUCUAUGCCGCCUACGACAGCCAGAGCGAAGAACUCCCAACAGUUUCCGAGGAGAUUGGCCAUGUCAUCGUCCACUACCUCUACACCAACAAGUACGAGUCUCUCAAGCCCCAGGGUGCCGAUAAGCUCGCCAAGCAAAUAGUCGAGCUCAAGACCGCCAUCAAGGUCUACGUGUUCGCCCGUGCCUACGAGCUCCCCGACCUUGUCCGUCUCGCUGAGCGUAACAUCGAGAAGUUCGGCGAUGGCAUGGCCCUUCCCACCCUCCUCGAGGUUACCAGUGACGCGUACCCGAGCCUUGUCGACUCCGAUCAGUGGUUCAUCGGCUACCUCAAGAAGCGCAUCAGGCUCCACCUCAACGAUGCCAGCUCCCUCCUCGGCAGCGAUCUCUUGAACCGCCUCAGCCACAUCCUUUCCCCCAACAAGAUCCUGCUCAGGAUCGUUCUCGAGGUCUGCUACGAACAGAUGACCAACCCCAAGGCGCUUUCCAGCCCCAUCACCAGCCCAGAGUCCUCCCGAGCCACCUCAAGGACAAGGGACGUCUCUCGUGAUGAACACAAGCAGUCUCCUCUCGCCGAGGAGGCCACACCAGAGGAGCCUGAGGUUAAGGCUCUCGAGGUCGAGGCCGAGACUGCCCCUGAGGUUGAGGUCAACAGGGCUCCAUCUGAGCUCGAGGCCGAAACUGUACCCGAGUCCGAGGUUCGUGAACUGUUCGAUGAUGACAUUUCUGAGCCCGAGCUUGAGGCUAAGACUGAGACACAGGUCGCCGAGACAGAGACCAAGACUGAGCUUCCUGGUCGUGACCGCAAGGACUCCGGCAAGGAGCUCAAUGACGAGCUUCCCAUCACCCUCAGCACCGAGCCCGUCAUCAUGGAGCUCGACGCUGCUUCUCAUGACCUCCCUCUCCGCCCUCUCGUUAACAGGCAAGCCGACUCUGGCUUCUGGGAGCCUACCACUCCCGCCGAGGCUGAGGCCGUCAAGGAGACCGAGGAGGAUGCCAAGCAGGACAAGGGCAAGGCCGUCGACGCCGAGAUCGAGGCCACCGAGACCCCCAACCGGCAGUCCCUCCACCUCGACGCCAUUCCCGAGAACGUCGAGACCGUUGUCGAGUCCACCACUGAGGAUGCCCUCAAGAUCACUCAGGAGGUUGCUGUUGAGGAGGAGAUGGAACCCAUGACUACAGAGAAGGUAGAACCAAUUCCUGAUUAUCCAGAACGAGAAGCACGACUAACACUCUACCAACAGGCUGAGACCACACCUGCCGACAAUGAAGUCGACUCCUCCGAGCAACAACAGCUCGCAGACUCCCCCGCCGAUUCCGGCGAGAGGCAGAGCGAAGCGCAGCAUGAGCAUGAGUUAUCACCAGCCGCUCUACGCGAUGCCGCAAAGUCCGUUGUCUCCUUCGCGGUCAGCGACGACCAAAAGGCGGAACUCGGUGUCCACGAAGAGCCCUGGACCAGCCUUGGUGCCGACGCGGAGACCAAGUCCACCACCGCCGACCUCACCGGCACCGAGCCCGCCGAGCCCGCUCUUGUAUCAGCUCCAAAGGUUUCGUCGAAGAUAGACGUCUCCGACAAGACCGAGGAGCCUAACAGUCCCGUCCACCCUGGCAUGAACCCCAGGUCCAAGAGCUGGAAGAGGAGACUGAGCAUGCGCGUGCCCGCCCUCUUUGGUCGCGGCAUGUGACUCGCUUCAUGCUUUGAUCAUGACGAUGCGGAUGCGAAUGAUAACGUUAACGAAUUGAGGGUGUUGCAGCCUAGGAGGAGAUGAACGAACGCUGAUGGACAUGACGAUGGACAUCACAUCUUUCCUGACGACGGACCCUGUACUGUUUUCCUCUUUCUCUGUGUAAGGUUCUUUCCUAUGAGCGAUGAUCGUUGUUGGGCUGUUUGGUUUUUUUUUUUGAU